AAUAUCUGAAGCGUCUGCCGCAGGAUUCCCCAGACCGCACGGAUGCUGAGAAGGCGCUCAGUCUUGUUUCUAACGCAGCCAACCACAUCAACCUAGCAAUGAGGAAGAUCAAGCUGCCGGACUGUGGUAACCUGUGCGUGCUGCAUCACAUGCUGCAGCCAUUUAAUGACCUUGUGCUGCUGUGUAGUGAGCUGCUCAUCUCGACGCGGGGUUCGCGCUAUAAGGUGCGAGCGCGGAUGGACAUGGAUGGACUCGAGGUCGCCGACGGAGACAACCUUGAGAUGACGAACACGUUCUACAUCCGCACGCGCGUCAAGUCCAUCGAGCUGUACACGCAGAAUGCGCAGGAGAAGGAGGAAUGGAUGCAGGGCUUCUACUCAGUUAUCCAGGAAGAUCACAACAAGAGAUUGUCGAUGGGCAUCAAUGAGGAGCUGCUCAGGAUAGAGGACGAUGAGCUGGGACGGAGGGCUCCCAUCCCCAUCAAGGACGACAGCGUGUCGUCGUGCAUGAGCUGCAAGGCCAGCUUCAACCCGAUCCGCCGCCGCAAGAAGUGCAAGGCCUGCGGGGCCGUGAUGUGCAGUAAGUGCGUGCCGCACAAGCUGCCGCUGCCGUACGACAACUACCGGCCGAACAAGGUGUGCCACAAGUGCUACCAGACGAUCCAGACCGUCAACGAGGAGAAGGAAGCCGUGCUGCGGGAGAGACGGGAGAAGCCGCGAGACCCGCCGCCGCAACGGAAGGACCUCAUACACGUGAGCGCGCGUGACGACGACGCCCUGGUGGCAGAUUUCAUGAACCUUCGGACGCGGGCGCGCGGCAAGCAGUGGACGCGGCGCUGGUUCUCACUUCACAACGAUCUUGCUCUAUACUCGUUCAAAUCUCAGGAUGCUAAGAGUGCUUUGACAUCGAUGCCUCUGCACGGCUACCAGGUGGCGCUACCCGACAAGAAUGAUGCGGUCGAAAAGGAGAACGUCUUUAAGUUGUUCCUAAAGAAGAAGGUUUACUAUUUCCAGGCCGAGUCCAAGGAUAGGAUGAAUGUGUGGAUUUCCAUUCUCCAGAAAGUUUGCAGUGCUGAGCAGUGAACAAGACUGUCUAUGAUCAGCUCCCUCUAGUGAAGUGUGCCAGGAGUGCCAAUGGACAGCGCCCUCUGCUGAGCUGUGGUCAGCACUGUCUAUGGACAGCGCCCUCUGCUGAGCUGUGGUCAGCACUGUCUAUGGACAGCGCCCUCUGCUGAGCUGCGAACAGGGAUGUGUAGACAGCGCCCUCUGCCGAGCAGCGAACAUGAGUGUCAGUGGAUAUUGUCCGCGUGGCGUGCGGUAAACAAGAUCGAUUGUCUGGUCAGUGUCCUCUACCCUCUGACAAGUAAGCUGGCAGCUGUGUGUGGCCUACAACAGCAAAUCUUUAGCUACAGCAAUCGCUCACAAAUCCUGAUGAGUAAGGUUCUACUGUUUAGCACUAUGAAUGCAGAUAUCUCAUCUAUGCUCCGAGAUAUACCAUAUGCUACAGUUAAAACUUGAUUUACCAAAGAAAAUUCGUGCACACAAUGCACGCCAGCAUACCAAUGAUAGCCUAGCAAUAGCUGGCCUUUUAACAAUUUUUUUCCCGAAUUGCUGUUGAUUGCAAGCAUAUCUAUAUACGUGCCUGUGUGCACUCUCAUUGUAUAAAUUAAAUAUUAAUUAAAAUUAAAACCAAAUCUUGAUCUAUCACUAGGCACUUUAGCGCUGUGGUACACAUUUCCCACCGAUAAACGUAGAACUAGAACAAAUGUCGUAAAAAUGACGUUUUGUGUAACGUUACCUGUACAGUAGAUCAGCAUUUUAGAUAAAGCAAUAUCACACACGUGUGAUAACUGACAAGUAUUAUUGGUCUUGCUUAUAUCUAGCGUAGCAUAGAAACAGUAUGACAACGAGUAUUGUUAAACUGUUAACAGCAAAUGUCAAAUCUUACAUAAAGAGCAAAUUUCGACAGAGUUACCAGAGGCACGCACUUAUAUAUCUUCUCUUGUUUGCCGUGCCUUUAAAAAGGGCUGACGAUUUUCAUGCGAGUAUUUUUUAGAAGGUUCGCGACAAAAUUUCUCGUAGUGUGCAUUGACGUGUAUAUAGGAAUGAAUAAUUAAGCUUCUAACUAAUAUUUAAUGUCAUUUGCUAUGUAUGUGUGGGUGACCAUUAACUAUAAGGACAACUGUGUUUUGUCAUAUUGUUUUUUUUAUGUGCGGCGAGCCACAAGCGGAAAUGCCGCAUUUUGCUUGUUGUAAUAUUCGUGUGUACUUUGAUUGACUCCUACAUAUAUUAUAUUAUGCAAUGAUUAUACUGCUCUAAAGACGAGCAUGUGAGUUUGCAAUAUGAACAGAACCGCUUCGGCCUCCUCGCCACAAAGAUUGUU